AAUUUCCUCCAAAUAUCAAAACAAACCCGUCAAUCCCAACCCUCCAUCAAUAGACCAGACCCUAGUCAGAGAGAGAGAAGCGUUAUUACAACAAUCUAUCCCACGACCGUAAAUCAGGCGGUGAGGAGAGAGAAACAAAGUGGGUAGAGAGAGAGAGAGAGAGAGAGAGAGAGAGAGAGACGUUCAGUUUCUCCGCACAACAAUACCCACAUCGUGGAACGAUCCCUUCCUUCUGGUCUCACAUCUAUUCCACAGAUAUUCAGAACGAUCGAAAGCUUCAUCGGACGAAUCCUAAAUAUUCAUACCCAUAAGAUUGUGACGACGUAUUUUGCAUUUAUUUCCAUGUGUAGAGUGAGUUAGGGUUUUCUGGAAAUGGGUUUGGAAGAUUCAGAUCUUCUAGACGAGGGAGGGAAAGCCUCGGCGGUGUCGUGCUCGAUCUGUCUGGAGGCUGUGACCGAUAACGGGGCUAGAUCCUGGGCAAAGCUUCAAUGCGGACACGAAUUUCAUCUCGACUGCAUUGGUUCAGCAUUCAAUUCAAAAGGAGCUAUGCAAUGCCCCAACUGUCGGAAAGUUGAGAAAGGUCAAUGGCUAUAUGCAGGUGGUUACCGUCCAUUGCCUGAGUUUAGCAUGGAUGACUGGGCCCAUGAUGAGGAUCUUUAUGAUCUAAGCUACUCUGAGAUGUCUUUUGGGGUGCACUGGUGUCCAUUCAGUGGAUUAACGCGGCUUCAUUCAUCCUUCGAUGAAGGAGAAUUUUCAUCAAAUGCAUAUCAUGAUCUUCUUGGACAGCAUGCGAUCUUUGCUGAGCAUGCUGGUGUAUCGUCGACCACUCAUCAUUGCCCAUAUGUUGCUUACCUUGGACCAAUUCACCCCUCGUCAUCAAAUUCCAGUGGGAAUGUUGCAGAUGGGUCUAGUUUCAAUAGUCAAUGGAAUGGGCCAUCAGUUCCUAGUGAGAUGCCGCCUUCUUAUGGAUUUCCUUCCAUGGACGUCAAUUACCACAGUUGGGAUCACCAUUCCUCCCCCUUCCCUCCAUUGAGCAGUCGUGUUGGUGGUGCUGAUCAGCCUUCAGUUCCAUCUGUGACCCACAGGCCAGCUAGGCCAAAUUCUGAAGUGCAAAGAUCAGGGUCUUUUAUUCAUCCAUUCCUUGUGGGCCACAGUUCUGCCGCUAGAGUUGGAAGCUCUAUAUCAUCUUCAAUGAUUCCUCCAUACCCUGGUAGUGCUGCUCGGGCCCGUGACAGAGUCCAGGCUCUCCAGGCAUAUUUUCAGCAACCCACCAAUUCACCAGCUGUACGCAACGCACCCUUGAUUUCUGGCACAAGGAGAUCAUCAAGCUCUCAUCGUGGCAUGGCCCAAGUAUCCCCAGUACCCCCAGUAGCCUCAUCUUCUGAUUCAACCAAUGGCUUCUACUUCUUCCCAUCAGCUUCAUCCGGUCGAAACUUCCAGGAGUCAGAAAACCCGCCUUCAAAUCGCUUCCAUGCAUGGGAAAGAGACCAUUCGACUUCAUUUUCAUCUAACCAAGCCGAUAGAGAUCCAGUGUGGGGCCCGUUUCAUCAAGCUGGUGGUGGUUCUGAUACAGGGGCUACCAGACCCACUGGCUUUCGCCAGAGGUACGGAUCUGAGAGGAUGCCAUCGCAAAAUCGGUCAUAGAAUCGUUAUUUAUUCAUCUUUUCGUGGAGAAAAACUUUGAAUGCUAUGACUGGAACCAGAAAUUAUGUAUGUUUGGGACGUACAAUGUGUAAUGCUCGUUGCGCUCGUCUUUCAGAGACUUGAUUGACGAGAAUAUUAUAUUAUGUGGCGUGGCCCUGAAAUCGGGUUUUUUCAAGGUGGCCACAAGCCGCUUGUGUGCUGGACUGGACUGGACUGGCUUUCCUCUUGCUUCUUUGCCCUGGGAAUAUAAAAUAAGAUUUGCUUGUUUUAUUUUUGUAA